UGCCCCUAAUAUCUAAUGCAUUUUCCUGUUUAACAUGUAUAUAAUUGAACUCAAAUGUUUAUAUGUUUAUGAUGAUCACGCGUCAGUAGCUUCACGAUCUAUGUGUUCCUAGAGUUGGAGAAUUGUUGAAUGUGUUUGCGAAUUUUGAGGUGAUUGUUCGCUUCUAGUUCAAAGAGUGGUACUUCUUGUUUUGAUAACUCUGAGAAAUGGGAGGAGGAAAGGAUCACCCUGAUCAACAAGACAAGGGAUUGUUUUCUAACCUUGGUCAGUUUGUUCCUGGACAUUAUCCUCAACAUGGGGCCUAUCCCCAUCCACAGCCUGGGGCUUACCCUCCUGGGGCUUACCCUCCACAGCCUGGGGCUUACCCUCCACAGCCUGGGACUUACCCUCCACAGCAUGGGGCAUAUCCUCCUCACGGCUAUCCACCAGCAGGUUAUCCUCCCCAAGGAUAUCCACCAGCCCAAGGAGGGUAUCCCCCUCCAGGGCAUCCACCAGGCGCUUAUCCUAGUCAAUCUGCUCCACAUCAUUCAGGACAUGGAUCUGGUAUGGGGGCAAUGUUAGCUACUGGAGCUGCAGGUGCGGUAGUUGGUUAUGGUGCUAGUCAAUUUUUACAUGGAUCUUCUCAUCACUUGCCACAUGGAGGUGCUCAUUAUGGCCGUUUUGGUCAUGGCAAGUUCAAGCACGGCAAGCAUGGUCAUUAUGGCCGUUUUGGUCAUGGCAAGUUCAAGCACGGGAAGCAUGGUCAUUAUGGCCCUUUUGGUCAUGGCAAGUUCAAGCAUGGGAUGCAUGGGUUCGGGAAGUGGAAGUGAUAUAGUUUGCUACUACAUUUUACAUAAACACUGCAAUUUAAGAUUACUAAUCUUAACUUCUGUGGUAGUAGAGAUAAUAAUGUCCUAUAUAUAAUUGUCCACUAAAUUAUGUGUUCUAUGAUUAUGAGCUUGUUGGAAGUGACUAAGUGAGCAUUUCUUUUCAUACUUGAUUUAAGAAUGUGAUUCAGCCUCCACAUGUGAAUAUUAUGGGCUGUAAUAAAAACUGAAAAUAUUAUAUACAGGAGUUCUGCA